CUUCCUGCCCACGACGAGUCCCGGCGUCGCCGUGAGUCGUUCCGAGGCCUGGUGGCGCCGGGUCGCGGCGUCGGCGUCCGCGGCCGCUUCUAGCCCCUCGAUUCGUGGAGACCGCGGCUUCGGCGGCUUCACUGCCCUCCGGGUCCUCCGUCCCGGAUCCGCGAAGGUCGGGGCUGUGUUCUGUGCGGCGUUUGCUGGGGGCCGCUGCAGCCGGGCAGUGAGCUGGGGGGGGAAAGCGGAGAAAGCGCCCCACUGGCUGGUCUCGGUGUGCGCCAGCCCCUCCUGGGGCGGUGGGCGGCAGAGGAGUGCCUUUUUGCUGGUUGAGGUCCUCCCUCUGCGUGCGGUUGUGCCACAGGAAGGGGGUAUGUGCCUUCUAGGCAUUAGGCAGCCUGGGUUCGGCGCUCACCGUCCCCUUGUCAAGACGGAUCUUAUCCGAGAAUUAGGUCCAGAAGAGGAGGAAAGGAAGAGGGGGCAAAAAUGACGCGUUCCCAGGUGCUGUUGACCUUCAGGGAUGUGGCCAUAGAAUUCUCUCCGGAGGAGUGGGAGUGCCUGGACCCUGCUCAGAGGGCCUUGUACAGGGACGUGAUGGUGGAGAACUACAGGAACCUGGUCUCCCUGGGUGAGGAUAGUUUCCCUCCAGAAGAAUCUCUCUGACUGAAUGUUAUCUCCAUUUUGGAGCCAGGGACAGAGCCGAGGGCUGUGGAGGGUGAGGUGAAAAUAGAGAAGAAACCAAGUGGGUGGGACUAUAUCCAAGAGGUGAACACUGGGGAACCCUCCUACACUGUUGGUGGGAAUGCAAGAAACAAGUAUAUAAAAUGUUUUGAAAAUGGAAUUGGAUUAAAGUUUCAGUCGCAUCUGGCUGACCUUCAGAAGUUUCAAACUGAAGAGAAAAUUUAUGAAUAUAAUCAAGUUGAGUUGAUCAAUGGUAGUUUUGUUUCACCACUUCAAAGAAUUCUUCCUAGCAUCAACAUGAACAUUUGUAAUAAAUCUGGGAAACUUUUUAUGCAUCCUUCAUUACUUAGACAUCAAAAAACACCUAUUAGUGAAAAACCUUACCAAUGUAAUGAUUGUGGGAAGGCUUUUAGAGAAAGCUCAAACCUCAUUAAUCAUCAGAGAAUUCAUUCUGAGCAGAGGCCUUACAAAUGUAAUGAGUGUGGCAAAGCCUUCACCCAAUUUGCAAAACUUACUAGACAUCAGAGAAUCCAUACCAGAGAGAAACCAUAUAAAUGUAAUAUAUGUGGCAAGGGCUGUAGUCAAAAUUCAAAUCUUGCACGGCAUCAGAAAAUUCAUACUGGAGAGAAACCUUACAAAUGUAAUGAGUGUGGCAAAGUCUUUUCUGAGUAUUCAAGCCUUACUCGACAUAAGAGAAUCCAUACUGGGGAGAAGCCUUAUAAAUGUAAUGAAUGUGGGAAGACUUUUAGAGGAAGCUCGAAUCUCACCAAUCAUCAGAGAAUUCAUUCUGGGCAGAGACCUUACAAAUGUAAUGAGUGUGACAAAUCCUUUAACCGCAUAUCACACCUCACUAGACACCAGAGAAUCCAUACUGGAGAGAAACCAUAUAAAUGUAGUGUAUGUGACAAGGUCUGUAGUCAACAUUCAAAUCUUAGAAUUCAUCAGAGAGUUCAUACAGGAGAGAAGCCUUACAAAUGUGACGAGUGUGGCAAAGCCUUUAUGGAGCGUUCAAGCCUUACUCAACAUAAGAGAAUCCAUAGUGGAGAAAAACCUUACAAAUGUAAGGAAUGUAGCAAAGCCUUUAACCAGUCCUCUAACCUUGUCAUACAUCAGAUAAUUCAUACUGGAGAGAAGCCUUAUAAAUGUAACGAGUGUGGCAAAGCCUUUAAUGUGUGUUCAAGCCUUACCCGACAUCAAAGAAUCCAUACUGGGGAGAAGCCUUAUAAAUGUAAUGAAUGUGACAAGGCCUUUACCCAAUUUGCAAAUCUUACUAGACAUCAGAAAAUGCAUACUGAAAAGAAACAUUGUAAACCUAAUAUAUGUGGAAAUGCUUUUAUCCCAAGAUCAAGCACUGGGGAUUAUCAGAGAAUUUGUAGUGAAGAGAAACCUCACAAAUGUCAUGUGUGUAGCAAAACCUUUAAUGUGUGUUCAAGCCUUACUCAACAUCAAAGAAUCCAUACUGGAGAAAAACCUUACAAAUGUAAAGAGUGUGGGAAGACUUUUAGCCAUUGCUCAACCUUAGCUACUCAUCAAAGAAUUCAUUCUGAGCAGAAACCUUACAAAUGUAAUGAGUGUGGCAAAGUCUUUAACAGGUUCUCAAACCUCACAAGGCAUCAGAGAAUCCAUACUGGAGAGAAACCAUAUAAAUGUAAUGUAUGUGGUAAGGAUUUUAUGAUACGUUCACACCUUUGGGGACAUGAGCGAAUUCAUACUGGAGAGAAGCCUUACAAAUGUAAUGUGUGUGGCAAAGCCUUUUCUGAGUGUUCAAAUCUUGUUCAACAUAAAAGAAUCCAUUCUGGAGAGAAACCUUAUAAAUGUAAUCAGUGUGGUAAGGAAUUUAUCACCCGUUCACACCUUUGGGGUCAUGAGAGAACUCACACUGGAGAGAAACCUUACAAGUGUAAUGAGUGUGGAAAGGCCUUCUCCGGGAGUUCAAAUCUUACUCAACAUAAGAGAAUUCAUGCUGGAGAGAAACCAUAUAAAUGUAAUGUAUGUGACAAGGCCUUUAGUCAGAAUUCAAGCCUUACAGUUCAUCAGAGAAUUCAUACUGGGGAGAAGCCUUACAGAUGUCAUGAAUGUGGGAAAGCCUUUAAGCAGUAUUCAAGCCUGAGUAGACACCAGAAUAUACAAGAAUGAAGAUAAAGAUGUAGAACCUGUGGUAAGGCUUUUAUUAAAUGUUCUCACAUUUGGAGUCAUGAGGGAAUGCAUACUGCAAAGAAACUUUACAAAAGAAUGGCAUGGCCUUCGUGCCAUGACUUGACCUCAGGAAUCACCAAAGAUUUCAUGUUGGGGAAAACCCUAUAAACACAACAUGUGGUAAAUUGCUUAAGUAGGUGGUACAAUGUACUGUGCAUGAGAAAAUUCUUACUAGUGAGAACUAAAUCUAGUUCUUGAAGAUUAAUCAAAUCAAAUGUUAGAUUCUGCCCGAAAAUUAAAAGUCAAAAUGAUUGAAAAUUCCUGAGACAAUGGGUAUCAAAGGAGCAGGGGCAUCUGUGGAAAUGCCCACGUAUCUUCAGUUUAUACAGUCAUUUUAUUCAUUUAGAUUGCGUGAUGAGGUUUAUUUACUUUAUUAUUGAAUUUGGACCUGUAGUUGGAAAUCUGUUAAUGAUGUUAUGUCUCCAUCACAGACUUUCCAUGUGUUGCCACAGUGAUGUCUGUGAUGGAACUUCUUGUUUUGGUCCUGAUGUGAAUGGUGUUUUUUUUUUUAAAUUUUCAAGUCACUUGUUUCUUGCUGAUAUCUAGGAAAGAUAGUUAACUUUUGUAUUAUGACCUUGUAUCUUGCAGUCUUGGUAUAAUUGCACAUUAGCAUUUUCUCUACCAUACCUGUGGCGCAUCAUAUGAGAUAUUUCCGAAGUUCUGGUGAUAGGUGCCACUCUGUCUUGUUCCUGGCAUAAAAACACAGGACUCUCUCUUACUGUACUAAUAUUAAGCAAAUCUUGCAGUCAUUAAGUUCACCUUGGUCAUGGUGCAAAUUCUGGAUGUAUUGUGUUGCAAUCAGAGUAUCCGGUUUAUUAAGGUCUUGGAAGCUUCAUGCAUCAUUGGUAUUGGCAUAUAAAAAAAAAUCUUUGCACAUAAAUGGAAACUGGUCCCAGCCAAAAUUAUAAAUAAUAUGCCACUAAUCUAAAAUAUGAGUACAAGUUAUGAAAACACCCAAGUGUAGAGCUAGAUUAUUAUAAGAACAUAGCCAUCCAGCUUUUUCAGUAUACCAUAAUGGUUAAAUCAUGUGCUUUGAUACCUCCCCCAGUAACUUUUAAGUCCCCAGUCUGCUGCUAAACAAGGAGUGAAGAUAGUGAAAUCACUCAACCCUGUGUGCCUAAGUUCUCCUCCUUAGAAUGAAACUAGUAGUAGUCCCAUCCCUGAUUUUUGAUGAAUGAAGACUUCAAGUGCCUUGACAGCAGAGAUUCUUACGUUGUGAGCGUUCUUUAGAAUUCCCCAUUCAACUCUUAGAAGGCUUUUAAUGAAGCUAAAAUUAAAUAUUUUUUUCUUAAAGAUUUUAUUUAUUUUUGAUAG